AUGGCCAAGUCAAAGAACCACACCACACACAACCAGUACCAAAAAUGGCAUAGAAACAGCAUCAAAAAACCCCGAUCACAGCGAUAUGAAUCUCUUAAGGGGGUGGACCCCAAGUUCCUGAGGAACAUGCGCUUUGCACAGAAGCACAAGAAGGGCCUGAAGAAGAUGCAGGCCAACAACGCCAAGGCCACGAGUGCACGUGCCGAGGCUGUCAAGGUUCUCGGAAAGCCCAAGGAGGUCAAGCCCAAGAUUCCAAAGGGCAGCAGCCACGAGCUCAGUCGACUUGCUCACCCCAAGCUCGGGAAACGUGCUUGUGCCCGCAUCGCCAAGGGUCUCAGGCUCUGUCAGCCAAAGGCCAAGGCCAAGGCUCAAACCAAGGCCGCAGCUGCAGCUCCAGCUCAGGCUCAGGCUCAGGCUCCCAAAGGCGCCCAGGCCCCCACAAAGGCUCCAGAGUAGAGGCUUUCAUCUAUUGAUGUGAGGAUAUAAGGACUAGUGUGACCCCUGGGCUGCUGUCUGCAUGGGGCUCAUGUCUACCUGUGCUGUUUGUACAAAUAAACCUGA